UAACUUUUCCUUCUACUCUAUAUAUGUUUAUCAUUAACAUGCUCAGAGAGAAGCCAAAUUGGCGUUCUGAUUAGAGACCCCAGAAAACAACCUGCAGCGCACCUUAGAAUCAACCCCACACGAGCUGAUAAAAUACGCCAUGGCUACUCCCCAAUCUCAAUCUCAACCGCUCCAAGACCGAGUCGCAAUAGUCACUGGCUCGUCCCGUGGAAUCGGUCGAGAAAUCGCGAUUCACCUCGCCUCACUCGGUGCCCGAGUCGUCAUCAACUACACCUCCAACUCCGACCAAGCAGACUCAGUCGCCGCCCAAAUCAACGCCAACUCCGCCACGCCGCGAGCCGUCACCGUCCGAGCCGACGUAUCCGACCCGCUCCAAGUGAAGUCCCUCUUCGACUCGGCCGAGAGCGCAUUCGACUCGCCGGUUCACAUCCUGGUCAACUCGGCCGGAGUCAUGGACACAGCGUACCCCUCAAUCGCCAACACAACCGUGGAAUCCUUCGACCGCAUCUUCACGGUGAACGCGCGUGGUGCGUUCGUUUGCGCGAGGGAGGCGGCGAACCGGUUGAAGCGCGGCGGCGGAGGACGAAUCGUGUUGGUGACAACGUCGCUGGUGGCGGCGCUGAGGCCGGGGUACGGCGCAUACGCUGCAUCGAAGGCGGCGGUGGAGGCGAUGACUAAGAUUCUGGCGAAGGAGUUGAAGGGGACGCAGAUAACGGCGAAUUGCGUGGCGCCAGGAGCGGUGGCGACGGAGCUGUUCUUUGAGGGGAAGACGGAGGAGAUUGUGAAUAGGAUUAAGCAAGAUAAUCCAAUGGAAAGGCUUGGUGAGACCAAAGACAUUGCCCCUGUUGUGGCCUUCUUGGCCUCUGAUGGGGGUGAAUGGGUCAACGGUCAAAUCAUUAGGGUCAAUGGUGGCUUUGUUUAGUUCUUUUUCUUUCUUCACUUUUUCCCCACUAAGUCUGGGAGUAAUUCCAACCACUCUCACGAGUAAUUCUUAUGUUAGUGUAUUGGAUACAUCUCAGAAAAUAAAGGGUAAGGCUUGCAUAUUGUAAUGGAUUUAGUGUAUUGGAUGAUUUCAUUUGUUUAAAAGAAAUCUCCUGGUUCAGUGGUUCAGCAAUACUCAUUAUCGUUUUUCGCUGCUACUUAGAAUGCCAAUAUCUUGCACAAAAUACAAAAUACCCCACCCCAACAACAAGUACUACAAGAUGCUUUUCUCCUUCUCACGAUUUGUCUUUCUGUCCUGUCAACAACACAUCUAGAAUUACACGAGGAAACUGCUCCACAAAAUUAGCAGUUACAUGAUGUGAGGACCAACCUAACCAUUCCAAAAGGCUAACAAUUUAAAAUGUCUCUCUUGGAUGGAAGUAUUAUUUGAAAUGUCUAUUUGAAGAUAAAUAUAUUGCAUUGUAGGCUUACAAGCACAUCAGUUCAUGAAUGAUGUGAUUUUUUUAAUCAAGAGAUGCAGGUUUAUAAAGUUUUGAAACAAAAUCAUAAUUAAAGGUUGUAAACUUGCUCUUUGUCCUUUAAUGGGGAAUGUGAAACUUCAACAAGAACAU